CUUUACAUCUGAACUUUCGAUAGGCGAUCAACAUUGUCAUUCUGCGCUCGAAAGUCUUUCCAAUUGCUCAUUUGUUCGCGCUCUUUAUUGAUCGCCAUGUUGUCACGGACUAGUCUGCGUGUUGUGCGCACCAAUGGCCGACACUUUAGCUCGUCCAGCAUUGCGAGAGCUGCUGAGAUCAAAAAGCUCGGUGUUGUUGGUGCUGGUCAGAUGGGUUUAGGCAUCGCUUUGGUAGCUGCGCAACGUGCUCAGGUGCCGGUCACCCUCAUCGACGCCUCCCAAGCCGCGAUAGACAAGGGACUUAAGUUCGCAGAGAAACUAUUGGAAAAGGACGUGUCAAAGCAGCGGAUCUCCAAAGAAGAGGCGACCGCAACACGAGAACGAAUGACCACAAGCUUGAAGAUGGAGGAUCUCAAUGAUGUAGACAUGGUCAUCGAAGCCGUGCCAGAAAUCCCUGACCUCAAGAACAAGAUAUUCGCUCAGCUAGCAGAAAUAUGCCCGUCACAUGCGAUCCUCGCUACAAAUACUUCCUCGAUCUCGAUCACCAAAAUCGCUGCGGCAACUACGAAGGACCCCAAAGAUUUAUCGGCACCCUCCCGAGUCGUUAGCACACACUUCAUGAACCCUGUCCCCGUGCAAAAGGGCGUCGAGAUCAUCUCAGGCCUGCAGACGUCUCAGGAGACUUUAGAGACUGCCAUGGAGUUCUGCAAGAAGAUGGGCAAGAUCCCCUCGGUGUCUGCGGAUUCGCCUGGCUUCCUUGCGAACAGGAUCUUGAUGCCGUACAUCAAUGAGGCAAUCAUUUGCUUGGAGACGGGGAUAGGAAAGAAGGAAGACAUUGACAACAUAAUGAAGAAUGGAACCAACGUGCCCAUGGGCCCGUUGACACUGGCAGAUUUCAUCGGGCUGGAUACGUGCUUGGCUAUCAUGAGGGUAUUGCAUGCUGAGACCGGGGACAGCAAAUACAGGCCUAGUGUUCUGUUGGUGAAAAUGGUCGAUGCCGGCUGGCUUGGAAAGAAGAGCGGGAAAGGAUUCUACGACUACUAGUCAGCUUCUAAUGCCAAUCCUUCGACGGCUUUUCUUCCGCGUUUUAUAUCAGUGCGUCUUUUCGUCUCUCGUUUUUGUCGCUGAGUUCGAGAGCUUGGAUUGAAUUCAGUCCCUGACUGCAUGUCAUCAUGAGAGGUCCUUCUAGUCGUGAUCUUGAGUGCCUACUCCUUGUACGAGAUCUAAAUACCAUCCCCAAAGGGUGUUCAUAAUUGAUGAGACUACCGAGGCGAAGUUGCCC